AUGCAAGCCAGAGAUGCAACAGGCCGUCAGGUCUCCUUGCUGAAUGAUGAGUCGUUCUCACAGCCGUUGACCUUCCGGACUACAAGCCAUUAUCCAUCGGCACGGGACGGUUCACCUUACCCUACCACUCCCGAGCUGCUCAGGUCAGAUUCAUACGACUCGAAUACAAGCUACGACCCUGCAUCCCCCAUCACGCCGACGGUCUACGACUAUGCGAAUCGUGGCCCCUAUGAAGACUACCUAUCAGACCAGCAAGCUACAAUCAAGCGUCCUGCCUACGUAGGAAGCCGGUCCAAUUCCUACGAGGACGAGAGUUCGAAUGGAUCAUCGGCACCUGAACGGACAGGCAAGAGAUAUCCAUGCCGGUACCGCGACAGCCAUGGCUGUGAAAAGACCUUCACCACAUCGGGUCAUGCGUCACGGCACUCCAAGAUACACACCGCUGAGAAGGCCGUCCAAUGCUCGUACCCAGCUUGCCACAAAAAGUUCACCCGGGCAGACAACAUGAAGCAACAUUUGGAAACUCACUUCAAGGACAAGUCGAGGUCUUCAGCGUCAUCCAAGGCCUCAUCCAAGCACUCUCACAGCACCUCCGUAAAACGUGGCUCUGUGUCUUCAAGAUCAACCACCUCUCACAGUAGCCAAAUGUCGCAGGAUGUGCAGAUGUGGGAUGUGGAACAAUACCCACAUGACGCGACCCAGCUGCCAUCGCCAGGAGGCGCAUGGGAUAUGCGCGGGCUCAAUAUGCCUCUCAUGAGUCGACCUGUUGCGGGGAGGACGAGCAGCAGCGGUCUUGAUGCACUGGCAGCAAUUGCUUGUCAAGAGGGCGAAUCCUGA